AAUCGACACACGACGAAUCCUCCACACACUUGCUAACUCAGUCAGUCAGUCAGUCAGUGUCUGCCGUCAGCUCUGCGAUCUAUUUGUGCCUCGAGUCGUGUCCUCUCCGUCUGGACGAAGCCGUGGGUUAGCUGCCCUUCGUUGCGCAUGACCUGGUUGUACAGGUCACGGUGCGCCUCGAACAAGCCCACUGAUGGCAGCGGCACACCAUCGCCAUCACGACCCACAGGCGAUGCACCCUGGCCCUCUGCUGUGGCUGCUGUGACUGCCGUGGUGAGGGCUCUGGCCCACUGCUGCAUGAGGUGGGGGUCAUGCGCACCCGUUGGGCGGUUGUAGCGGGCCAUGUCGUCUCGGUGGCGGCCGACGUCGGGCACAAAUCGGGUGAGGUACUCGCCCUUGGUCGAGAAGCGAUGGAUAUUGGCUACGUAGUGGCUCGUGUUCUGAACGCACGAAUCAACGAAUCAAUGAUUCGUUCGAUCGUAUACACACAAAGACAAGUGUAGUGUGUGUGCGUGUGUGUGUGUGUGUGUGUAGGGUGGCUUGCCUGCUCUAGUUCGUCUCUCAUGGGCUGGAAUGGGCUGCCGGGUCGCAUGAUUGUGUUGCGCUGGGCCGUCUUCCAGAGGUCGGGCCACUCGAUGACGUCCAUCAAACGCCAGUACACCUUAGGUACACAGAGAGUGGAUGGACACACAGAAACAGACAGACAGACAGAAUGCAUCUCCCUCUCUCCCUGUGAAUGUGUGUGCGAAGGAGGGGGGCAGGGGAGGUACCGACCGAGACGAUCCUGCCGUAUUCCUCGAGCAGCUGUCCCUCAGGCGGGUGGCUGCACACAACACACAACAAGGCAAUCAACCACCCAGCCAUACAUUCAUGCCAGCCAGCCACGCAGAGCCUCUCCCUCUUUUGCUCACUUGCUGAGCAUUUCGAACGUGCAGUGGAUGACCAUGCUCAGCGCCAGAGUCACCUCCGUCUGCCGGUAUUCAUCACACCCAGGGCUCUCCUCCUCCCCCUCCUCCUCCUGCUGCUGCUGCUGCUGCUGCCGCGGCUGGCCUCUGGGUCUGGCCUCAUCCAGGCAUGUUGCCCACAGGCAGGCCAGCAUGCUGGCCCCGUCGUAGCAGCGCCCCGCCACUAUCAGCUCGUAGGCGGACUUAGCCACGUUCCCUGUGAAUAGCACGCACCGGUAGAAGCCGUAAAACUCGCGCUGCAGCUCUGCAAGAGUGGGGCGCUGUUGCUGCUGCUGCUGGCUGUCGCUGCGGUGCUGCUGGGGCGGCCGAUUGUUGUCGCCAACGACCGCGGGGCUUUCUUCGGGAAACCUGUGCGGGGCCGCGCGCGUCGCCUGGUCCUGCAGACAUGCACACAGAGACAGAUGGGCCUCGAUGGAUGGAUGGAUGGGAUCAUGUGUGUGAUUGUGCAUGGACGCACGGACCUUAUGUGUGAGUAGGAAGCUGUUCUCGCCGUCUGGGUCGAGGUCGACGAUGACCUCUGUGAGGGCCUGGGUGACCUCGUCGGGCUGGCCGGCCUCCUGCGGCCGGAGGAGCUCCCUGAUCUCGGGGUGCUGACGCAUCGCCUGAUCCACCUGCUGCCUCAGCAGAUGACGGUCCAGUGUCACCGUUGCGUGCCUCCUGUGGCCCCUGAUGCAUCAAGGCAAAUGCAGGGCACAGAUACACACACAUCCACGGCUGUCUGUCGGUCUGUCUGUCUGUCUGUCUGGGUGGGUGGGUCGGUUGGUGCCUACCAUGUGUUGCGUGUGUAUGUCCAGUGGUAGGCGACGAAGAGGAAGAUGAAGCACUCGAGGCUGCGGAGUCGGGGGUCGUGUGCCUGGUCCUUGACGGCCUGCACGUUGAGGGCGUUGGGCUGCCAAAAGCGAAGCAUGUAGUAGCAGUCACCUUCCUCGUUCAGGUACUCGUGGCGACGGCCCGCGAAGGCCUGUUGGUGGGACAUACAUACAAACAUGUCCAUCCAUCCAUCCAUCCGCGCGUGCAUGCAAUGCGUACGGUGUAGAUUUCGGUGGCUUUUGCGAGUAUCCCGAGGCGCCUUUCGUGCUCCUGCCAGUCGUCCACUCCUCGCUCAAGCGCCUGUGGAUGGCCAGUCACCACCAUGCAUUGCGUUGCAUGAGCCCUCCCGUGCGGUCUCUCGCAUUCAUCCAUCCGUACCAGGUUGUCUUUCUCGAUCUCGUCGAUGAGGUGUUGGGGCACCUGCCGCUUCAGGUAGUCCACAACCAGCCCCCCAUACUCAUGCGCAUCGCUGGCCACCACAUCCGCCCCGCCCUCGCCGCCUCCCUCCCUCUCCUCUGUUGGCCAGCUGCCACCAUUGCCAUUGCCAUUGUCAUUGCGAUUGCUCGCCUCUGCAGGGUGCUGGUGGUGUGUGGGUGGGAAUAUGAUGCUGAGGUUGUCGAUGCAUCGGGCGGCGUAGGACUGGUCGACGUAUACGGCGACGUAGGCGUUGGUGCCGUUGGCCGACCUGGUGCCCUCCGCAUGCAGCAUCACCUGACAUGACACAGAGAGAGAAACAUAGGCGGAUGGAUGGAUGGAUGGAUGGGGAAGCACCACAUGUGUACUGACCUCCUCUGAUGUCACGGUUGACACGUUUGAGUCGCCGACUCUGUACCAGGUGCCUUGCACAAGGUUACGCAGAUACGCCCAGUAACGACCUGCAUACAAACAUACAGUGGGAGAAAGGACACAACGGACACGAAGGAAGCAUGAAUGGCCACAUUCACUCUCGCUUUCCCUCUACGCACCUUAUCCAGCUUCACCCUGCGGACCCAAAGACAGGCACACAGCACACAUAUAGACACACAACACAUGUUCUCUCUCCCGUCUGCCUGCCUGUAUGUAUGUAUGUAAGUGUGCGUGUACGCACCUGGUGAAUCCACAGUGCGUGCAGGUGGUAAGGGUGGUCCUGCAUGUGCCCAUGCGCCUUGUCGAUCUUCCCCCUGAGCGUGUUGACCCGGCUCUCCAGCUCGCGACGCUGCUCCUCAACCACACUGGCCGUGGCACCCAACACACUCGCCGCGACAUGGACCUUCUCAGCCGCACCAUCGCCCAAGCCCGACAGCAGUGAUGUAGCAAGUUCGUCGUCCGUCUGGUGGCCGACGUGUGUGGCCUUCUCGAGUCGCUCGAACAAGGUGGCGGUCGAACGGAUGGCCGCCUCGCUGAUAUGGCUAAACUGCUGCAGCUUGCUUUCCAGCUGCAUCGUGACACAGAGGGAGACAGGUGGAUGUUCACACAACCCUCUUGUCUGUGUGUGCCUGGGGUCCCACCAGUGCUUUCUCCUGCUUGAGCUUGGCGCACGACUUCCUGAUGGCGAGUGCCUCGGUCCUGUUGGCGUACAUGAAGCGGUCAACGAAGAUGGGCGUGGCGAAGCGGAAGGGGUCGUUGAGCUGGACCUGCUGCUCGGCCGUGUAGUCGAACACCACACGAGGCAGCUGGAAAAACAGCACACUCGGGCUGCGCUUCAUCCACCACUCACUCUGCACCUGGUGUGCACACAAGACAACACAAGGUGAUGCAUACAAUGGAGGACACGCCGUCUGUCUGUCUGUCUGUCUGUAUGUCUGACCUGUAUGGUGCUCCUGCCUGGUCGAACUCCUUCAGGCACUUGGUACUCGGCUUGGUUGAAGUUCUGGCUCUCCCAUCCGCCGUACAAGUUCUGCUGCUUGAGGUCCAGAAUCACCUGGUGAAACUCGCGCGUCUCGUGCUCUUCCAACACACCACCACUACCACUACCGGUCCCCUCCUGGCGGCCCGCAUCUCUCGCACCGUCAUCCAUGACGUCGGAUUCCCUGGGAGCGGCCGCAAUGGUCGCUGCAGGUGGCUGGGGCCGCGUGCGGUGGAGCAGAGGGGCGAGGAGCGACAAUGGCGCGUUGGCAGGAGCCGUCAGUACCUGACACACCGAAGAGCAAUGCACGAACUGCCUACUCUCCCUCCCUCCCUGCUCAUGCUCACCUGCACUCCCUCUCCAAAGAAGACCUGCCUGAGCACACUGACGCCCACAUUGCCCGCCGCCUCCUGCUGCGGCGGCUGCUGCUGCUGCUGCUCGUCACCCAUAUUGCCCAUGCUCAUCUUGUCCGCUCCAUUAGGUGCUCCUGCCGCCGCUGCUGCUGCUGCUGGUCCUGCGGAGUGCUGCUGUGUAUUGGUGGGUGGAGAUGGGAGGUGGGUGCUGACGGGUCGUGGCAGAACCAUCGCACCCUGCAUGAAGCCUGAUGGGGUGAACAGAUGCAGACAGACAGACAGACAGGGAGAUGGUGUCGUGUGCGGCUUUGUGGGGCAGUCUGACCUUCCUCUAGCCGUUCGAAGAAUUCGCCUGAAAACUGCCCCACAUCCUCCUGUGUGCCUAAAGGGAUGGACCGACCCAAUUAAACCAUCCACGAACCGCACACACCAUUAGGUAUGCAUGACGGUGUGUGGCCGCAGCAGUGCAGGUGUGUACCGUUCUCGUCGACCAGGUGGCUUAGUACCUUCCUGGGGCUAACGCACUUGCGCUUCGACAGCAACAUGUGCGCAAACAGACGGCGCAGCUCCAACACUAUGUGUGAGGACAGCCACCACACACACAAUUCCCUCGUACGUAUGCCCGUGCUACAUGUGCAUGUCUGCCCCGAUUGCACACCUAGAGAUUGCGAUGCUGUCUGUCCCCUCCGUUUAGCGGCGCUCGAGUGUCUGAUACGACACACCAACGCGCGUAAGACUCUAGAGCCCCUUAGGCUGCAUUUGUUGUCGUCACCGUCUCGCUGACUCCUCGCCCAGCGGCGCAGCAUCGGCCAUCGUACCCUCACCCUCACCGCUAGCAGCACUGCACAGACACACACAAAGAAAGAGAGAGAGAGAGAUAUGACGCCACCCAAGGCCCCUUGAAGUGUUCCCUUACUGACCCAUCGGUGGUCUCUCUCUCGCUUUUUGCCGGCAGUUCGCUUUCCUCGCGAUAGCGCAGCACACAGUCGACAAGGCCGGGCACCAGGAAGAGCGUCUGGAGGGAGAAAUUGACGUGGUGGGCCGAUAGACAGAGAGAGGGACGCACGAAUGGACGCAGAGAGAGGGAGAGGUGCGUGUACAGGUAUGUUUGCCUUUCGCAACUCACGGUUUCCGAUGUGUUGGAGUCCGCACGGCUCGCCUUGUUUCCGUCCUCGCUUGUCUGGGCCUGACGGGUCGGCCGCAUCUAAUGGUGGGUCCGUCUGCUGCUCUGGUGCGAUCUGCUGCUCCUCAUCAGACAUGGCGGGGGCUGACAGAAGUGGACAACACCACGGUGGUCGGUUGGUAUGAGUGGCCUCCACAUCCAUCCCCUGGUGACCUGCACACACACACAACGCACCCAUCGUCCAUCUGUCGGCCGCUCACAGACAGACAUACCUCCCCGAUCAUCUGACUGCACACGCAGCAGCGAGGCGAGAGCAGCCUGCACAUCGCCCCUCUCCUCCAGAAGCUUCUCCCUGAUUGCACGACGUCCUUUUACACGCGCCGAUGCCUUUAUGUGCUUAUGGUCGCCGGCUGACCUUGCGGCCGCCUCGGGGAAGCCCAUCUCGAUGAUUGACCGCAGCUUCUCGGCAAAACCACCGCCACAAGGCGCUGAAAGCCACAUGGCGGGCCACGCACUGACGGGGCCCAGCCCUCACACAAGAUCUCUCAAGAGCUCGGCGCUGCUGGCAUUGAGUGUCUGUGUCAUGGCCCUCGGAGACGAGCGCAGGUCAACCGAGUAUCCAUGGCUGCAGACAAAUGAGGACAGAGGCAUGACUUGCGUCCUAGUGUGCUAUUGAGCUUUCAAUUGGCUCUCUCUUCCCACCUGUGGGCAGCCUGGCCGCCCUUUGAUGAGUUCAUGCUCCAAACUCACCCAGAUCUUCCUCCGCAAUGGUGCGAGCUACAAACUCUU